AUGAGUUCUGCACGGUUGUUUGUUAUCGGUGGCACUGGCUUCAUUGGCCCUGUUCUCAUUGAGCAUGCAGUUGCUGAAGGCUAUAAGGUACACGCUCUCUCCCGUACCGAAGCCAGUGAUGCCAAACUACGCGCCUUAGGAGCGGAACCCAUCCGUGGCGACCUCACCUCCCUGGUCACCAUCCGCCACGAAAGCCAAGAAGCCGACGCCGUCAUCAACCUAGCCACCGCCUACGUCUUCAACCAAGGCAAAUACGAAGACGCACUACCAAUCGAUAACGCGGCCUUUGACGCCAUGUGCGAUGGUAUUGCCGGCACAAACAAAUCUCUCAUCACCACUACGGGCACUCUAGUCGCAAAGGCCGAUCCGAAUGGCAACGAAACAGAUGAAGAUGCUCCCCCUGAUCCCACCCCUCUUAACAUGCGCGUUCGAGCGGAGUAUCACGCACUUGCGCGAGGAAAAGAACUGGGCGUGCGUGUCAUGAUCGUCCGCAUGGCGCCGUUUACCUAUGGCCGUGGCGGAAGCGGCAUCGCGCUCUUCAUGAGCAUGGCGAAGAAUACAGGUGGGCUCCCCACCGUGAACGGCGGUGGCAACCGCACCACGGCCGUACACGUAGAUGACGCCGCGCGCCUUGUACUUUUGGCGGUAGAGAAAGGUGAGGCGGGCGAUGUGUUCAACGUUGCCUCGCAGACUGAAGUCACGAUGAGGGAACUGUUCGGUGCUAUCAAUUCCUCGGUUGGAAUGCCCAACAAGGAUAUCAGGAGCGGGGAGGCUAAGGCGGCAUUUGGUGAGACGAUUGCGUGGUUUCUCAAUGCCGAGAAUAGGGCUUCGGGGGCGAAGGCGCAGAGGAAGUUGGGGUGGCAGCCGAAGGGCAAACCAAUUCUUGAAGACAUCAAGUCUGGUUCGUAUGUAGCUGUGGCGAAUGCACUCCUCCAAUAG